GGGUUACAGCAGCACUUCCGGCUCCUCUUCUGUGUCAGUUAUUUAAAAUUUACCAAUGUGUGGCUCGUUAAGGGGUUUACAGCAACAAUAGACCGUUGAAUGGAAAUACCGGUACCUGAAUCGAAUGUAUAACACACAGCACAAAGAGUAUGCAGAUAACACGACAUUAUUAAGAUUUCAAAUAGGAAAAACAAGGUGGCUUUACUACCAUGGACACGGAGGAAGUAGCAGCUGAAGCACCUGCAGAAACAGCAACCGAGGAAAAAGAUGCAACUUCAGAGGAAAACAAAGAGUCCACGACAAGCACAGACAUCCAGGAUCAUGUCACGGACAAAAACCAAGAGGAAGAUGCAGCUGAGAAGGAAGGUGGAGAAGCUGUUAUUGACAAGAAGGCUGAAGAAGCUGUAAUUCAGAAUAGAGACGAAGAAGCUGUAGUUCAGAAGGAAGAUGAAGAAACUGUAGUUCAGAAGGAAGGUGAAGAAGCUGUAACUGAGAGUAAAGGAGAAGAAGCUGUAACUGAAAAAGAAAGUGAAGAAGAUGUAACUGAGAAAGAAGGUAAAGAAGCUAUAACUGAAAAUAAAGGUGAAGAAGCUGUAACUGAGAAUAAAGGUGAAGAAGCUGUAACCGAGAAUACAGGUAAAGAAGCUGUAACCGAUAGUAAAGGUGAAGAAGCUGUAACCGAGAAAGAAGGUGAAGCAGCUGUAACCGAGAAAGAAGGUAAAGAAGCUGUAACCGAGAAAGAAGGUGAAGCAGCUGUAACCCAGAAUAAAGGCGAAGAAGCUGUAACCGAGAAAGAAGGUGAAUCUUCUAAAGAUGUUGACAAUCCCUCUUGUGACUGGUUGGAGCCACUUGAAGAAGAUUGUGAAGAUGUUGAUUCUCAGAGCGUCGAUGGAGAAGUUGAGAGCAUUGCGGGGAGCGAGUGGAGUGGGAGUGUGGUUCUGAAAAGCACUGGAGACCGAGGCGGAAGAGGUGCUGGGAGGGCUAGAAGGAAAACACAGUUCGAGGCUGAUGAAGGGUGGGAAGAUUGGCCGGCGUUGGGUAAAGGAUGGAAACGCAAGGAGGUUUUUCGCCGAUCGGGUACCAGUGAAGGACGCAGUGAUACAUAUUAUAUAAGUCCAAGAGGUCGAAAAGUAAGAAGCAGGGUUGAGCUUACUAAACACAUUGGCCAUUCUGUGGACCUGACAAAUUUUGAUUUUAAAUCAGGCCAAUUUCUUGGAGAAGGGGCUCGUAGAAAACCUAGAGUGAGAAGGAAAAUAGAAUCUCCUGUGACACACCCUGAAACCUCCUUUACGCUCAGUGUUCGAAGCGAUUUGGCAGAUGUCCAGCGACCAGCAUCUUCAGCAGGUUUCACCACUGCUCAAAAAAAGAGCUUGCAUUCAACUCCGAAUCCUCCACAUGCCACCACUGCAUCGAAUCUCAGUACCUUUGUGAGUCCUGGGACAAAUAAGUCUUCAUUAAGUGUCGCCACUCAACCUGUUGUUGAUCUGACAGAAGAAGCUGCAAAUCCAACUCCUCCUGUAGUGUCUGUAGCCUCAGAGAAACCUGUCAAUGGUGCCAGUGGAGGUCCUAGACGUUUGUUUGGAGUCUGCAUUAGAUGUAAUAAAACCUAUUCUUAUGAAGAAGGACAAACUUUGUGCAAGGACUGCAGGAUAGAGAAUAGAGAAUUGGCAGGCAGAAAACCAUACAAAAAGUGGGUUCCAUGUGGUCGAUGCUGGGCUUGUCAAACAACAGCGGACUGUGGGAAAUGCGUUAGCUGCCGAAAUGGCCGGCUACGCCAUCGACUAAAUAUCCACUCUCGGAAAGUUGUUAAAUGUCGCAAACGGAAAUGUUUACACCCUGUUCGUAGGGAGAGGGGUUUUAAGCCUUCAGAAGGUCAUUUUUCAAACAUGGAAUCUUCAAUGAGCACAGAACCCUCAGUCUCAGAAGAUUAUGACGAAUCACAGAGCUCUUAUCUGCAGUACAGUGACUCAGAGGAUCUGUCCGUGUUCUUUGAGGGUAAUGAUGGUGACAAUGGCCUGGAUGAGAUGGGCGUACCAAAGGUGCGUCGCCGUUCUUGUGGAAAGUGUAAAGGCUGUGUUCGGCGUACAGACUGUGGAACCUGCGACUUUUGCAUGGACAAACCCAAGUUUGGAGGCAGAAAUAAAAAAAGGCAGAAAUGCCGUCUACGACAAUGCCAACGAGAGGCUAUGAAGCAUUUGUUGCCGAUGGAUGAGGCGGAGAUGCUUGCUCAGGGCUGGGUGCCCCGCCGCAGACCGCGGUACACAUACGGACGAGGUACACCCGGGUCUAAGAAGAUGUGGGAUUUUGAGAUGUCAGAUGAUGUGCCUGAACAGUACAUGCAGAAAAAUUCAACUCACCUGAUGAAUCGAGACCGAUUCCUGCACCCCAGUUACAAUGGAAAGGCCUACAGUUAUACUGAUGUGCCAAACAGUCAUAUGGUGAACAACAUGCCACUCUAUAAUCCACACAAAGUUGAGAUGAGCCCUCAGGUGCGAACGGGACAGGCAGAGAUGAUCAAAGAAAAUGGGCUUCAAGGCAUCAGUAACAGAGGCUUUGUGGCUAGGAGACCAGACGUUCCUCCUGCCACUCAAUGUGACGGCACAGGGAAUCCAGGCUCUAAAAGUGAAAGAAACCGAUCGCAGGAUGAACAAUCAGAGGGCGAGUCUUGCCCAGCGAUCACUCAGAUAUUCAGCGUGGCAGACAGCGACCACACUGUCCAAGGCAUGGACGUGAACCACGAGCUGAUGCCGCUCUUAAGAUCUCUGCGCAGCGUGGUCCUCCCAGUCCUCUGGUUCUGCGUGGUGGUGGACGGGCCGCGGUUACAGCUGCUGCAGUGCUCCAAACGCUCCACCAUGGCAGACACAGUCAUCUACAUCGAGCCCGGCUUUCACUACCACAUCAGCGUCCAGAACCAGCCACUGCUGCCCACACACAAACUCUACGACUGCCACCCGUCUCGCCUCACCAGCUCGGCUGAGAUCAUCGCCCUCAUUGAGGAUCUGGAGAAGCACUCCGUCUGCCAGGGCUCAGGGCACAAACACAACUCAGAGCUGGUGAUUCCUGAACGGGCGGCUACUUGUGACUUCCUAAUUUCAGCAGAGGUAGAACGCUGUGAGAAAUGCCAGACUUUACAAAGGGCGUAGAGAGAAAGAGAAAGCUGGAUAUUGCUCUUAUGUGAUAUGUUUUUUAAUUUCUGAUUUUGUACUCCAGCUCAUUUGUGUGAUUGAAAUAUUUUCUUACUCUAAUAUAAAAUUAUUGGAGUGUUUUGUUUGUCCUCGGAUGAAUUGGUUGACUUGCGACUCAAUUUUUGGUUGCUUUACUUGACAAACUUCCUAUAUUAAUAAGCGACCACUAAACAUAACAUAAUUUUUUGAACCCUUGAGUAUGUGAUGCAUCAUGGUACUACACAUUGCACAUCAUUGAGGUAGUAAACGGGCAUGUUUGACCAUUGAGCAGUUUAACUGUACGUCAUGCCUCGCACUAAACACUAUAGUGCUUCAUAUCCACUUUGGUUGAUUUCCCUGCACCAAUGAUAUUCGUUUAAUGCUUAUGUACUUCUCAGGGGGGAUUUUUCAGAAUGCAUUAAUCAGAUGGAAGAUCCAUGUUUGUUUCAUAUUUGCUGUAUGAUACGGGGUGAGGCUGCUCUAGGAUUUUGGAAAGACGAUUUUUUUGUACAUAGUGCAAGCGGUGGCAGAGAAUUUCGAUCCAAUAUAGCCAGAAUGUUUUUAUAAACAUGUUUUUGUUUUUCCAGAAUUUCAGUUUCCUCUGUUACAAAACACUUUAAAUCGUUUGUAUGUGAUUUCAUAUGGAUAUUCUCAAUUCUGUUUAUUUAAUAAAUCAUAUUAUCUGUUG